AUGGGUAGAAUCCAGGAUAUCUCCGAUGUUUCCGAAUUCACUGAAGAAGAAAAAAGUGAAACAAACGCAAUCUUUGAGAAUGAAGAAGAGGAAGUCCCUGUUCAUCCUCAGGUUCCGGUUCCCAACUACCAGAUGUUACGAAUGGGUAUGGUGCACCCCGAUAAUAUCUCAAGAGAAUUAGUUCAUUCAGUCGAUGUUUCUCCUAAUGUUGAAGGGAUAGUCGUAAAGGCGGUAGAUGGUGGCGGUGACUUUAAUAACAAGCAAGAGUUUGAUGAUCGGGAAAGCAUGCUCACAUGGAUUCGAAGGAAUGCAACUGACCUUGGUUUUGGUGCGGUAAUAGGAAGAUCGGAUAAUGGUACGGCAAGAAGAAACGCUUUCGUCACAAUGUUGUGUGAAAGAAGCGGGAAAUACCAUCCUCCUCCAAGGAAGUUUAAAAGAGACGAGGCGGGUACAAGAAAAUGCGAGUUUCCAUUUAAAAUUCGUGAUUACAUGUUGGCUAGCAAGAAGUGGAGAUUUAAUCUUAUUUGUGGUUUGCAUAACCAUGACAUGUGCGGGAAAUUACAAGGACAUCCUAGUGUAUGUCGGCUCAAUCCGGAAGAGAAUACAUGUAUUAAUGACAUGUCCUUGAAUCUUUUCCAACCGAAAAAUAUACUUUCCACGUUGAAACGGAAGAAACCCAACAACGUAUCAAAUAUAAGGCAAGUGUAUAACAUCUGGUACCGUAAUAAUAAGGCGAUUAGGGGAGAUAGAAGUGAGGUGCAACAACUGUUGAAGAUGUUGGAUGAUAACAAAUACGUGUCAUGGUACAGAACUUGUGACGAUGGGGUGUUACAUCCACCGAUAAAACAAGUCGAGAUGCCCAAGGCAAUUGUUACGAACGGCGAUACCGCUUUGAUGAAUGCGGUGGCAAAGAUAUUUCCUUCUUCUAACGCAUUACUUUGUCGAUAUCACAUAACAUGUAAUGUGAAAAGUAAGGUUAAAUCCGCGCUCGGGACGAAACAAGUAGAGACCAAUGGUGGAAAAUCGGUGAAGCCUGGUGUGAUUGUUGAACAAAUAAUGGAUGCAUGGACUCUGUUAGAACAUCGAUUAUGGGACAACAUUCUUUAUUUUCAAUUGAUCGGCAAUGUGUCUCGGGCCAGGUUAAACUAUAUUUUUCACGAGGCCAAACAAGGUGAAAAUGUCAGUUCCGGUAGUGUAAAGUGUGGUUGCACUAUUACUAUCAUGUAUGGUCUCCCGUGUGCAUGUGUUAUUGCUAAAAAAGAGAGACUAGGUGAACCAAUAAGAAUGGACGAAGUUAUCCCUCAUUGGAAAAGACUUAGUUUUGAUGAUGAUGAUGGUUGUGUCGAAGGAGAAAAAUCGAAUAUCUCCAUUACUUCUGAAUUGGAAGCGAUACAAGAGAUGUUUUCGAAAGCCGAUGACAACACGAAACUCCACAUCAAAUAA